AUGGAUGUUGACAUGAUCAAGUCCUCAGCAGAAGAUCACAUGGAUAUGAUGACAAUGAUGAUGCAAAUGGAAAAGCUUCCUGAAUUCUGUGAGUCGCCUCCUUUCAAGACCUAUGAAAUAAACUUCUCCAACGGGAAUUCAAGCUCCACGAUCUUACCUACACCAACCAUUUACCCUAACGCCAUUAAUGAUCCUUCUUCACUCAACACAUUCAUGGCCUUGCCACCUUCCACUUUAUCACUCAUCGGCAAUGUCCCAGCUCAAGAAUCCAUGGCUCCACCUGUUCAACCCAACAAUAUGGAAGCAAUGAGGGAGAUGAUCUUCCGUAUAGCGGCAAUGCAGCCUAUUCAUAUAGACCCAGAAUCCAUUAAGCCUCCGAAGAGAAGGAACGUGAAGAUCUCUAAGGAUCCACAGAGUGUGGCCGCCAGGCACAGAAGAGAACGGAUAAGUGAGCGGAUACGGAUUCUGCAAAGACUCGUUCCGGGAGGCACUAAGAUGGACACUGCUUCGAUGUUGGACGAAGCUAUUCAUUAUGUCAAGUUCUUAAAGAAACAGGUACAAUCUCUGGAACAAGCUGCUGUGAAUAGGCCAAUGGGCAUGGGGUUCCCGAGUGCAGCAAUGGCUAAUGUGGGUUACUCUUACUCCUCUUUGGCGAAAGCUUGCCAGCCAUCUCAUCAUCAUCAUCAAGUUGUGAGCAACAUGCAGAUGCUUAGAAAAGGAACGGGGUAUUUAGAAUUUAAUUAG